AUUUUUAUUAAAUAAAUCGGAGUUAAAAUAUGUUUGUUAUGAUUCUUCUUCAUUGACAAUUAUAGCGAUUUUAAGCAAUUAAUCCAAAUUUUUUUACCAUUUUGGUGUAGUUUGAAUGACAACCAAGCCUACGAUAACAUGGCCCAUAAGGAGAUGACGAUCCACAGGUACUACAGCCGGAAAGCCAAAUAUGCCGGCUACGCACAGGCGGACUUGGAGUUGUGCAUUAAGCACUGUGGCGGGGACGUGGUUCGCAUCGAACUCGUGAACCUGCAUCAUAGAACCGAACUACGGAGACAGUUGCGCCGGUUGCUUCUCCUGGUGUUCCUGGCCACCGCCUAUUUUGUAGGAGUUUGCGGUUUCUGGAGCCGGAACAUUGGGCUCUGGCAGCCCCGCAUUAUUUAUCCCCUGGUUACCUGGGCUUUGGUAGCCAUUCUAAUGCUCCGUUCCACACUGAACCUGGUACACAUCGAGCGGAUAUUUUACAGCUGGGACAUGGCGUUGCAGACGGAGACGGUGCGAUCAUUCGGCAGACAAUCGGUGCUCUGCAUCCAGCGGGGACAUAUCCAUGACAUAGUGCUGAAUGAAGUAAUAGAAGAUUUGGAUGUGAAGUACAUGUUGAUUUUACGAACGAAAGGAAGUCUGUUUAAGAAGCGACCCGUUAUACCAUUAUUCAAUAGCCAAUCCCCAUCGUUCGAGUGCCUCCAGCACACUCAUCGGGUCCUACACAGUUACUGGCUGAAUAGUACCAAGGAUCGAUCGGAACAGUCCUACAACCAAGACAAGUUUUCCUUGGUGGCCUCGUAGAUUUCCUCCAAUUU